AUGAUCUUCAAAUCCAAAUAUUCAGAUAUUGAUAUUCCUGGAGUUGGAAUUUAUCAAUAUGGGACAAGUAAUCCAAAUGGAAUUUCUAAUGAUAAAGUUAUAUUGAUUGAUGGGACUACUGAUAAGAAAGUGACCUUUGGCGAAUUAAAAAGUGAUUCCAAAAAGUUAGCUGCUAGAUUACAAGCAAUUGGAUUUAAACGUGGUGAUGUUUUAGCAAUUUGUUCACAUAAUCAAGUGGAUUACUAUACAGUGGUUUUUGGUGCGAUUGCGGCUGGUGGCAUAGUAUCCCCAUCUAAUCCUUUGUAUAAAGUGAAGGAACUUGCAUUUCAAUUGAUUGAUUCUCGCGCAUCUAUAAUAUUUGCACACCCAAACUACCUUGAUACCGUUGAAAAAGCAGCAGAAGAAGCUAAUAUUCCAAAAUCUAAAAUUUUUUUGUUUGGAGAAAAAGAAGUCCGUGGAUUUUACCCUUACUGUUCACUAGUCGGUGAUCAUGAGAUUGAGCCAGUCUCAUAUACACCAGAAGAAGCUAGAACAACGACAGCCUUCCUGUGUUACAGCUCUGGAACUGUUGGAAAACCAAAAGGGGUAGAAACUACUCAUACAAAUAUCGUUGCAAAUGUGGCGCAAAUUUCUAUUGUAGAUGAUUCCGGAGAGGAUGAUAUUUUUAUGGGAGUGUUGCCUUUUUUUCAUAUCUAUGGAUUGACCGUUCUUGUCUUUUAUACUGUCAUCAAAGGAGGUUCUACCAUCGUCAUUCCCAGAUUCGAUUUGGGAACUUUUUGUUCUUGUAUUCAAAAAUAUAAAAUUAAUUACGCUCAUGUCGUUCCACCGAUCAUACUUGCGUUGACUAAGAAUCCUAUUGUUAAAAAUUACAAUAUCUCAAGUUUGAAAAUGAUGGUCAGUGGGGCAGCUCCAUUCGGCAAAGAGCAGAGUGAAGAAUUUUAUGACAUUCUUAAAAUACCGAUUAAACAAGGAUACGUAACCCAUCUGAACAGUUCAGAUAACAUUGUUCCAGGAGCAAUCGGUGAUCUCCUUCCGAACAUAGAAGCCAAGAUAGUGCCGAUAGAGGGGCUCGAGUUAGGAUCUAACGAAGGAGAGCUGUGUGUUCGCGGCCCAAAUGUCAUGAAGGGAUAUUAUAAUAAUGAAGAAGCCACAAAAGCUUCCUUUGAUGAAGAUGGAUUUUUCCGUACGGGAGACAUCGCUCGUGUUGAUGAAAAUAUGAAUUUUUUUAUUGUUGAUCGUGUUAAAGAAUUGAUCAAAUAUAUGGGAUACCAAGUGGCACCGGCCGAACUCGAAUCAAUUUUACUUACUCACCCCGCGGUAGCCGAUGCAGCAGUUAUAGGAUAUUAUUCUACACAACAUUUAACCGAAUAUCCAACUGCUUAUAUAGUAACCAAACCGGGACACGAAAAAACAUCACAUUUAAAAAGCGGAAUACAAAAAUAUAUAAGUGAUCGAGUAACACCACAUAAAAAAUUAAGAGGUGGUGUCCUUUUUAUUGACCAAAUUCCAAAAAAUCCAUCAGGAAAAAUUUUGCGAAGGAUUUUGAGAGAAAGACUAAAGACCGAAUUUGAUUGUCUUCCAGACAAGUCAUAA